UCUCUUUUAUUUGUUAAGCUUUCCUAAUCACGAAUCCCUCACAAAUUCUCUCACAAAAGAAACACAAAUAAUUUACGUUGGCAAUCCACGAAUCAGCAAUUUAGCCAAUCAGAGACAAAUCACGAGGAUUAAGAUAUUUCUGAAAUUAAAAUCCCCCUCCAAACCGUAGUUAUUGCCGAAGACUUGUAGCCCACGUUUUCAACCGCCUCUACCACUAUAAAUAACCGUUUUCUCAUUCCCUCCUUCUAUCUCAUUCGCGACUUGACGAAGUGUGAAUAUCAAAACCCUAAUUUCUCCCCUCUCGAAAGUGAAGAAAUGGCUCGUACGAAGCAAACUGCUCGCAAAUCGACCGGCGGUAAGGCUCCGAGGAAGUCACUUGCCUUCAAGGCUGCAAGGAAAUCAACACCCACAACCGGAGGAGUCAAGAAGCCUCACCGCUACCGCCCUGGAACCGUCGCUCUUCGCGAAAUUCGAAAGUACCAGAAGAGCACUGAGCUUCUUAUCCGCAAGCUGCCGUUCCAACGCCUUGUUCGCGAACUCGCACAGGACUACAAGACGGACCUCAGGUUCCAGAGCCAUGCUAUUCUUGCUCUCCAGGAAGCUGCGGAGGCUUAUUUGGUUGGACUGUUUGAGGACACCAACCUUUGCGCCAUUCAUGCCAAAAGAGUUACCAUAAUGCCAAAGGACGUUCAGCUCGCUAGGAGGAUCCGUGGUGAACGUGCUUAAACGCGCAUGUUUGUUUUAUAAUUAAUUUCUUAGUUUAGGAAUUUAGGCAUUGCCAUACAAUUGGAGUUACUUUGUUUUGGUCAAAUUGCCAUACGUUUAGAUUCAAGUACCGAUAUUUCGGGCAUGGAUUUUGGAAUAUUGCAGUAGUUGCUUAUAUUUUGGUUGGAAAUUUAUUAUGUUGAUACAUCAUACAUCUG